CUCGGGGCGCGGAGGGCGGCGGCUCACAGCCCGAGCCACCAUGGCCAGUGGCGGUGGCAGCAACCAGGGCAGCGACGAGGAGGACGAGGAAAGUCUGAAGAAGUUGCUGGUCAGGCUGAACAACGUCCAGGAGGGCAAGCAGGUCGAGACGCUGGUGCAGACCCUGGAGGACCUGCUCGUGUUCACGUACUCCGAGCGCGCCUCAACGCUGUUUCGGGGCAAAAGCUUCCACGUGCCUCUGCUGAUCGUGUUGGACUCGUACAUGAGGGUUGCGAGUGUGCAGCAGGUGGGCUGGUCACUUCUGUGCAAACUGAUAGAAGUCUGUCCAGACACUAUGCAAAGCUUGAUGGGGCCCCAGGAUGUUGGCAGUGAUUGGGAGGUCCUCGGAGUCCACCAGCUGAUUCUUCGAAUGCUCUCAGUCCACAGUGCCAGUGUGAACCUGUUGAUGGUGGGACUGAAGGCCUUGGACCUCCUCCUGACUUCAGGUAAAAUCACUUUGCUGAUACUGGAGGAAGAAAGCGAUAUUUUCCUGUUGAUUUUCGAUGCCAUGCGCACCUUCCCAGCCAACGAUGAGAUCCAGAAGCUUGGGUGCAAAGCUCUGCAUGUGCUGUUUGAGAGAGUCUCUGAGGAACAACUGACUGAAUUUGUCGAGAACAAAGAUUAUAUGAUAUUGCUGAGUGCAUUAAAACAUUUUAAAGAUGAGGAGGAGAUAGUUCUCCAUGUCCUGCACUGUUUGCAUUCCCUGGCAAUUCCGUGCAACAACGUGGAAGUGCUCAUGAGUGGCAAUGUCAGGUGUUACAAUAUUGUGGUGGAAGCCAUGAAAGCCUUCCCUGUUAGUGAGAAGAUUCAAGAAGUGAGUUGCUGCUUGCUGCACAGGCUGACAUUAGGCAAUUUUUUCAACAUCCUGGUGCUGAACGAGGUGCACGCGUUUGUGGUGAGAGCUGUGCGGCGGUAUCCCGAGAACGCAGCGCUGCAGAUCUCGGCCCUGGGCUGCCUGGCGCUCCUCACUGAGACCAUUUUUUUAAAUCAAGACUUAGAGGAAAAGAGUGAGGCUCAGAAUGGCGAGGAGGAGGAAGACAAGCUGUUCUGGCUGGAAGCCUGCUACAAGGCGCUCACGGGGCACCGGAAGAACAAGCACGUGCAGGAGGCGGCGUGCUGGUCCCUGAACAACCUGCUCAUGUACCACAGCAGCCUGCACGAGAAGAUCGGCGACGAGGACGGCCAGCUCCCGGCGCACAGGGAGGCGAUGCUGUCCAUGCUGAUGCACUCCUCCUCGAAGGAAGUCUUCCAGGCGUCGGCAAACGCGCUGUCGACCCUCCUGGAGCAAAACGUUAAUUUCAGAAAGAUCCUGUUGUCUAAAGGGAUAUACCUGAAUGUUCUGGAAUUAAUGCAGCGGCACGCACAUUCCCCUGAAGUGGCCGAGAGCGGCUGUAAAAUGCUGAACCACCUGUUUGAAGGCAGUCACAUUUCCCUGGAUACAAUGGCGGCGGUGGUCCCUAAAAUAAUAACAGUUAUGAGAAGUCACGAGGCGUCACUGUCAGUGCAGCUGGAGGCACUUCGAGCUAUUUUACAUUUUAUGGUGCCAGGCAUGCCAGAAGAGUCCAGAGAGGAAACAGAAUCUCAGCGGAACCUAAACGUGGUGAGAAAGCAGUGUUUCAAGAGUGACAUCCACACACUGGUCCUCGCGGCUUUGAACAGGUUCAUUGGAAAUCCUGGGAUUCAGAAAUGUGGAUUGAAAGUCAUGGCUUCGAUAACGCAUGUUCCGGAUGUGUUAGAGUUGCUAUCGCUGGAGGGUGCUGUCGACACGGUGCUGCACACGCUGCAGAUGUACCCGGAUGACCAAGAAAUUCAGUGUCUGGGUUUAAGUCUUGUAGGACGCUUGAUUGCAAAGAAAAAUUUAUGCACAGGAACCGGGCAUCUGCUGGCGAAAAUUCUCGUGUCCAGCUUGCAGCGGUUCAAGGACGCUGCUGAAGUGCAGUUGAAAGGUUUUCGGACCGUCUUAGCAAUACUUGAAUUGUCAGUGUCUUUUUCCAAGCUGCUUGUCCACCAUUCAUUCGAUUCAGUAAUAUUCCAUCAGAUGUCUUCCAGUGUUACGGAACAGAAGGAUCAGCAGUUUCUAAGCCUCUGUUGCAAGUGCUUUGCAAAGCUGGCCAUGGAGGAUGAGCUGAAGAAUGUGAUGCUGCAGCGGGCCUGUGAUCAGAACAACAGCAUCAUGGCGGAGUGCUUGCUGCUCUUGGGAGCUGACGCCAACCAGACCCAGGAGGCCACUUCUUUAAUUUGUCAGGUCUGUGAGAAGGAGAGCAGCCCCAAGCUCGUGGAGCUGCUGCUGGACAGUGGGUCCCGGGAGCAGGACGUGCGCAAGGCACUGGCCAUCAGCAUCGGGAAGGGCGACAGCCAGGUCAUCAGCCUGCUCCUGAAGAGGCUGGCGCUGGAUCUGGCCAACAACAGCAUCUGCCUCGGAGGAUUUGGCAUUGGAAAAAUUGAGCCUUCCUGGCUCAGUCCUUUAUUUCCAGAUAAGACAUCCAAUUUAAGGAAACAAACAAAUAUUGGCUCUGUACUAGCCAGAAUGGUGUUGAGGCAUCAGAUGAAAAGUGCCGUGGAGGAGGGGGCCGCCCCAGGCAGCGAGGAGAACUUCCCUGAGGGCGUCCUGGACAAACUGGAUGAGUGGACCUUCAUUCCCGACUCUUCGAUGGACAGUGUGUUUGGUCAGAGCGAUGAUCUGGACAGUGAAGGAAGUGAAGGCUCAUUUCUUUUGAGAAAGAAAUCAAGUUCAAUUGGUGUAGGAGAGUUUUACCGGGAUCCUGUAUUACAGCGCUGCUCCCCAAAUCUGCCAAGACAUUCCAAUUCACUGGGACCUGUUUUUGAUCAGGAAGAUUUACGGAGGCAAAAAAGGAAAAUUCUGUCAUCAGAUGACUCACUGAGGUCGACCAAGCUGCAGUCCCACGCGAGGCAUUCAGACAGCGUGUCCUCCCUGGCUUCGGAGAGGGAGUACAUCACCUCCUUAGACCUUUCAGCGAAUGAACUCAGGGAGGUCGACGCCCUGAGCCACAGGGGCUGCCUGAGUGGCCACUUGGAGCACCUGGAGAGGCUGGAGCUGCAGCAGAACGCGCUGGUCAGCUUCCCACAGCCGCUCUGCGAGGUCCUGAAGUGUUUGACACAUUUGGACUUGCACAGUAAUAAAUUUACAUCAUUUCCCUCUUACUUGUUGAAAAUGAACUGCAUUGCCAACCUCGAUGUCUCUCGCAAUGACAUUGGGCCCUCUGUCAUCUUGGAUCCCGCGGUGAGGUGUCUGACCCUGCGGCAGCUGAAUCUGUCAUAUAACCAGCUGUCUGCUAUCCCUGAGAGCCUCGCAGAGGUGGCUGAGAAACUGGAGCAGCUCCUUCUAGAAGGGAAUAAAAUAUCAGGCAGAUGCUCUCCCUUGAGCCUGAAGGAGCUGAAGACCUUAAACCUUAGUAAAAACCACAUUUCAUCCCUGCCAGAGAACUUUCUGGAAGCCUGUCCUAAAGUGGAGAGUUUCAGCGCCAGGAUGAAUUUUCUUGCCGAUAUGCCUUUUUUGCCUUCCUCCAUGACAAGCUUAAAAUUAUCUCAAAACAAAUUUACAAGUGUUCCAGAAGCAAUUUUAAAUCUUCCACACUUGCGGUCCCUGGACAUGAGCAGCAAUGACAUCCAGUGUCUGCCAGGCCCCGCACGCUGGAUGUCCUUGAACUUACGGGAACUGUUGUUUAGCUACAAUCAGAUCAGCGUGUUGGACUUGAGUGAAAAGGCGCAUGUGUGGUGUCGAGUGGAGAAACUGCACCUUGCUCACAAUAAACUGAAGGAGAUUCCUCCUGAGAUCGGCUACCUGGAGAAUCUGACAUCUCUUGAUGUGAGUUACAACUCAGAACUGAGGUCCUUUCCCAACGAAAUGGGGAAACUAAGCAAAAUCUGGGAUCUGCCUCUGGAUGAACUGCGUCUUAACUUUGAUUUUAAACACGUAGGAUGCAAAGCCAAAGACAUCAUAAGGUUUCUUCAGCAGCGGCUGAAAAAGGCCGUGCCGUACAACCGAAUGAAGCUCAUGGUUGUGGGCAAUACCGGGAGUGGCAAGACCACCUUGCUGCAGCAGUUAAUGAGAGCCAAGAAGGCCGACGUGGGCAUGCAGGGUGCCACGGUCGGCAUCGACGUCAGGGACUGGCCCGUGCAGAUCAGAAGCAAAGGGAAGAGAGACCUCGUGCUGAACGUGUGGGACUUCGCAGGGCGCGAGGAGUUCUACAGCACACACCCCCAUUUCAUGACCCAGCGCGCUCUGUACCUGGCCGUGUAUGAUCUCAGCAAGGGACAGGCUGAAGUUGAUGCCAUGAAGCCCUGGCUCUUCAACAUAAAGGCACGGGCGUCGUCCUCCCCCGUGAUCCUCGUGGGUACACACCUGGACGUUUCUGACGAGAAGCAGCGCAAGGCCUGCAUCAGCAAGAUCACGCGGGAGCUCCUGAACAAGCGUGGCUUCCCCGCCAUCCGGGACUACCACUUCGUCAACGCCACCGAGGAGUCCGAUGCCUUGGCCAAGCUCCGGAAGACCAUCAUCAACGAGAGCCUGAAUUUCAAGAUCCGAGAUCAGCCUGUUGUCGGGCAGCUGAUUCCAGACUGCUAUGUAGAACUUGAGAAAAUCAUUUUGUCCGAACGUAAAAAUGUGCCGACUGAAUUUCCCGUAAUUGACCGGAAACGAUUAUUACAACUGGUGAGAGACAAUCAGCUGCAGCUGGAUGAGAAUGAGCUUCCCCACGCCAUUCAUUUCCUAAACGAAUCAGGGGUUCUUCUUCACUUUCAAGACCCAGCGCUGCAGCUGAGUGACUUGUACUUUGUGGAACCCAAGUGGCUCUGCAAAGUCAUGGCCCAGAUUUUGACAGUGAAAGUGGAAGGCUAUCCGAAACAUCCUAAGGGAAUUAUUUCACGUAGAGAUGUGGAAAAAUUUCUGUCGAAGAAAAGGAGAUUUCCAAAGAAUUACAUGACACAGUACGUUAAACUCCUGGAAAAAUUCCAGAUCGCCUUGCCAAUAGGAGAAGAGUACUUACUGGUUCCAAGCAGUCUCUCUGACCACCGGCCGGUAAUAGAGCUUCCACACUGUGAGAACUCGGAAAUCAUCAUCCGACUCUAUGAAAUGCCUUAUUUCCCCAUGGGAUUUUGGUCAAGAUUAAUUAACCGAUUACUUGAGAUCUCACCUUACAUGCUUUCAGGAAGAGAACGAGCGCUUCGCCCCAACAGAAUGUAUUGGCGCCAGGGCAUCUACCUGAACUGGUCUCCUGAAGCUUACUGCCUGGUAGGAUCUGAAGUCUUAGACCAUCACCCAGAGAGUUUCUUAAAGAUUACAGUUCCUUCUUGUAGAAAAGGCUGCAUUCUACUGGGCCAAGUUGUGGACCACAUUGACUCUCUCAUGGAAGAGUGGUUUCCUGGUUUGCUGGAGAUUGAUAUUUGCGGUGAAGGAGAAACCCUUUUAAAGAAAUGGGCAUUGUAUAGUUUUAAUGAUGGUGAAGAGCAUCAAAAAAUCUUACUGGAUGACUUGAUGAAGAAAGCAGAAGAAGGAGACCUCCUGAUAAAUCCUGAUCAACCGAGACUCACCAUCCCCAUAUCUCAGAUUGCUCCGGACCUGAUUUUGGCUGACCUACCUAGAAACAUUAUGCUGAACAACGAUGAGCUGGAAUUUCAGCAAGCUCCGGAGUUUCUCUUAGGGGAUGGCAGUUUUGGAUCCGUGUACCGGGCCGUGUACGAAGGAGAAGAGGUGGCGGUGAAGAUUUUCAACAAGCACACUUCUCUCCGGCUGCUGAGACAGGAGCUGGUGGUGCUCUGCCACUUGCACCACCCCAGCCUGAUCUCGCUGCUGGCGGCUGGGAUCCGCCCGCGGAUGCUCGUGAUGGAGCUGGCCCCCAAGGGCUCCUUGGACCGGCUGCUGCAGCAGGACAAAGCCAGCCUCACCAGGACCCUGCAGCACAGGAUCGCGCUGCACGUGGCCGACGGCUUGAGAUACCUGCACUCGGCCAUGAUCAUCUACCGGGACCUGAAGCCCCACAACGUGCUGCUGUUCACCCUGUACCCCAACGCCGCCAUCAUCGCGAAGAUCGCCGACUACGGGAUUUCCCAGUACUGCUGCAGGAUGGGCAUCAAAACCUCAGAGGGCACGCCAGGGUUUCGUGCGCCUGAAGUUGCCAGAGGAAAUGUCAUUUAUAACCAGCAGGCCGAUGUGUAUUCGUUUGGCUUGCUGCUCUAUGACAUUUUGACAACGGGAGGUAGGAUCGUAGAGGGUUUGAAGUUCCCCAAUGAAUUUGAUGAAUUAGCAAUACAAGGAAAAUUACCUGAUCCAGUUAAAGAAUAUGGCUGUGCUCCCUGGCCAUUGGUUGAGAAGUUAAUUAAAAAGUGUUUGAAAGAAAAUCCUCAAGAAAGGCCUACCUCUGCCCAGGUGUUUGACAUUUUGAAUUCGGCCGAGCUGAUCUCUCUGAUGAGACACAUUCUAAUCCCUAAGAGUGUCACCGUCGAGUGCAUGGUGGCUUCAAGCCCCGGCAGCAGGAGCACAAGCAUUUGGCUGGGCUGCAGCCACACGGACAAGGGGCAGCUCUCGUUCCUUAACCUCAGCACGGAAGGACACACUACUGAGGAAGUCAGUGACAGCAGAGUCCUGUGCCUGGCCUUGGUGUUCCUUCCUGUUGAGAAGGAAAGCUGGAUUGUGUGUGGGACUCAGUCUGGUGCCCUCCUGGCCAUCAGUACGGAGGACGGGAAGAGGAGACACAGCCUGGAGAAGAUGACCGAUUCUGUCACUUGCUUGUACUGCAAUCCGUUUCCUAAGCAAAGCAAGCAAAAAAAUUUUCUUUUGGUGGGAACUGCUGAUGGCAAGUUAGCGAUUUUUGAAGAUAAGACUGUGAAGUGUGAAGGAGCCGCUCCUUUGAAGAUCCUCAACAUCGGAAACGUGAACACCCCACUGAUGUGCCUGAGCGAAUCCAUGAAUUCAACAGAGAAAAACACGAUGUGGGGAGGGUGUGGGACCAAGAUUUUCUCAUUGUCUCAUGAUUUCACUGUUCAGAAACUCAUUGAAACAAAGACAAAUCAGCUGUUUUCUUACGCAGCUUUCAGUGAUUCCAACAUCAUAGCGGUGGCAGUGGACACGGCUCUCUAUGUUGCUAAGAAAAAUAGCCCCGUGGUGGAAGUGUGGGAUAAGAAGACGGAAAAGCUCUGUGAGCUGAUAGACUGCGUGCACUUUUUAAAGGAGGCAGUGGCAGUAGGAAAGCAGGAGUCCAAGCACAGCCUGUUUUACUCCGGGCGCGUGAAGGCGCUCUGCCUUCAGAAGAACACGGCGCUCUGGAUCGGGACCGGAGGAGGCCACAUCCUGCUCCUGGACCUCUCCACGCGGCGCGUGAUCCGCAUCAUCUACAACUUCUGUGACUCCGUGCGCGUCAUGGCGACAGCACAGUCAGGCAACCUUAAAAAUGUUAUGCUGGUCCUGGGCUACAACCGGAAGAGUGCUGAAGGUAUGAACAGCACCGAGGUAACGCGCGAGAUACAGUCUUGCUUGUCUAUUUGGGACACAAAUCUUCCGCACGAAGUACAAAAUUUAGAAAAACACAUUGAAGUGAGAAAAGAAUUAGCUGAGAAAAUGAGAAGAACGUCUGUUGAGUAAGAGGGAAUUCAGAAACUUUGGUCUCUGGAUGGGAAACCUGUUCUGAUCGCUUGUAAAUACUGCUUUAAAACUCUCUGCACUGACAAAGGUUCUUCCACUCUCUGAAGUGCCUCAUGUGUAUAUGAAGGAAUGUUAAUUCAAGGGAGCUUCAAAAAGUUUGUGGAAAAUGGAAUUAAAGGAUAAGUUUAUUGUAUUGCAAAAAAAUUGCAGUCCAUGCAUGCAAGAGGUCUUCAAAAAGUUUUAGAAAAUGCAAAAUGUGAAGAGAAAUACAUGAAGUUCAGUGUCUUUGUAUCAAAAUAAACUUAUCUUUUAAUUCUAUUUUUUCACAAACUUGUGGAA